CUUUUUUUUUUCUUUUUUCUUUUUAUUCUAUAAAUAAAUUAUUAUUAUUAUAUACACGUAUAACUAUGAAUCAUACCAAUAAUCAAAAAGCAGCUCAUAGUGCACCUGGUUUUGAACUGGGUAUAUCUGAAGAUCGCAAUAAACGUUGUCGUCGAACCAUGGAAGACGCUCAUACGUUUGUAUUUGAUUACAUGGGUGUACCUCGCCAAGGAUUCUUUGCUAUUUUUGAUGGACACGCAGGCAAAGCAACAGCAGAAUGGUGUGGUGCUAAUUUUGAUAAAGUACUUGCACAAGUGAUUGAAUCCAGCACAAGCCAAGAUUCUGUACCGGAGAUUUUAAACAAAGCCUUUUUAGCUGUCGAUCAUGAAGUCAAUCAACGUGAAGGUAAAUUCUCUGGCUGUACUGCUAUUGUUGCAUUUGUGAAAGUAGUGGGAGACAAGCGUAUGCUAUAUACGGGUAAUGUAGGUGAUGCGCGUGCAGUAUUAAGUCGCCAAAACAAAGCAGUUCGACUUUCGUAUGACCACAAAGGAUCUGAUUCUCAAGAAGCAAAGCGUAUUAUGGAUCUUGGAGGAUUUAUGAUGAAUAAUCGUGUCAAUGGUGUCUUGGCUGUCACACGAUCCUUAGGAGACAGUGUGAUGAAGGAAUUCGUGGUUGGUAAUCCAUUUACGACUGAAACUGAGUUAAGUGCAAAUGAUGAUUUCUUAAUUUUAGCUUGUGAUGGGCUAUGGGAUGUGUGUGAUGAUCAAGAUGCAGUUGACCUCAUCAAAGAUAUACAAGACCCUCAAUUAGCUAGUCAAAAACUAUUAGAUCAUGCUCUUGCUAACUUUAGUACUGACAAUUUAAGUGUCAUGGUCAUUCGCCUUAAAUAAUUACUGUGUACUCUCUCUCUCUCUAUAUAUAUAAAUUUUAUUGUUUAUUGUUAUUAUUAUUUUAUUCAAGUGACACUGUAUCUACAAUGAUUGCAGUCACUGUAUAGGUU